AUCUGUUUAGCUAAGUUCAAUGUGUGUGUGAGGGUGUGCACUUCACAGUAUCACAAUUACCUCUGUCAGUUCUGCUGUAGGUCAGUGGCUAGGCUGGCUCCAAGUUCGAAAGACACACCCCCUUAACAGAGAGAAAGAGAGAGAGAGAGUGGGAGGGAAGAGAUGUGACCCACAGAGUUAGGGAGAGGGAGGGCAAGAGAAAGACACUUUAGGCAGUAUGAAAGUGAAUGAGUGUGAGCCAGGGAGAUUAAAAGGACAGAGCGAGGGAGAAGCAGAGGGAGGUAGGGAGGUCAAUCGGAGAUCUGUGUGAAGUCAGGGAAGUUAGUCUCCUUCUCAGUGCUGCUCAGGUCUCUUCUCUGGACUACCUCUCCUGGCCUUCAGAUUGUGUUGCUCCCGGGGGGAAAGGCUGCGUUGGGAAGAUAGGGCCGGGACAGGGCGUCUUGGACUUGGAGCGGAUCCAUGGAGGUACCAGUCCAUAGUCGUCAGUUGCCCCCAACCAUUCCGGAGAAUGGCGAGGCCCCUGAGCUUGAACCCCAUCCCGCAGAGGUCAACGGUCAUCCUCAUGCCUUCGGCGGGGAGGCAGAGCUGCCCGUCUCCAAGUCUCAGAGGAGACGCAGCGACGUCAAAGUCUACAAGGAGUUCUGUGACUUCUACGCGCGGUUCAACAUGGCCAACGCCCUGGCCAACGCGAUGUGUGAGCGCUGUAAGAGCGGCUUCGCCCCGGCGGAGAAGAUCGUCAACAGCAACGGGGAGCUGUACCACGAGGGCUGCUUCGUCUGUGCUCAGUGCUUCCAGCAGUUCCCAGAGGGGCUGUUCUAUGAGUUCGAGGGCAGGAAGUACUGCGAGCACGACUUUCAGAUGCUGUUUGCUCCCUGCUGCCACCAAUGUGGAGAGUUUAUUAUUGGUCGUGUGAUUAAGGCGAUGAACAACAGCUGGCACCCGGACUGCUUCUGCUGUGACCUCUGCCAGGCUGUGCUGGCCGACGUGGGCUUCGUCAAGAACGCCGGCAGGCACCUGUGCCGCCCGUGUCACAACCGCGAGAAGGCUCGUGGUCUGGGGAAGUACAUCUGUCAGAAGUGCCAUGCCAUCAUCGAAGAGCAGCCGCUUCUGUUCAAGAACGACCCCUACCACCCUGACCACUUCAACUGCAACAACUGCGGUAAGGAGCUGACAGCUGAUGCCCGGGAGCUGAAGGGAGAGCUGUACUGCCUACCCUGCCAUGACAAGAUGGGUGUUCCCAUCUGUGGCGCCUGCAGGAGACCCAUCGAGGGCCGUGUGGUCAAUGCCAUGGGAAAACAGUGGCAUGUUGAGCAUUUUGUGUGUGCUAAGUGUGAGAAACCCUUCCUGGGCCAUCGCCAUUACGAACGCAAGGGACUGGCCUACUGUGAGACUCACUACAACCAGCUCUUUGGAGAUGUCUGCUACCACUGCAACCGUGUCAUUGAGGGUGACGUGGUGUCCGCACUGAACAAGGCCUGGUGUGUAAAUUGCUUCGCCUGUUCCACCUGCAACACCAAGCUGACACUCAAGAACAAGUUUGUGGAGUUUGACAUGAAGCCAGUGUGUAAGAAAUGUUACGAGAAAUUUCCUCUCGAGCUCAAGAAGAGGCUCAAGAAGCUGGCGGAGACUGUGGGCCGGAAGUAGAUAGAAAGACAAGCCUUGUAGUUAAUAGAUGGUCAUGCUAGCCCGGACAGAAGUCAUUAUCAUCAGAAUGUUUGAGCAAAAUUUACUUAGUUCCGCUUAUUUAGUUAGAGAUUAAUUUUCCUUUUGCAGUUUCUUUUCAAGCAUGGUCAAGAAGUACUAUGAGUAGAGGAUAGACAGUACACCACCAAGGUCAGACAUACCCAAUUCUAAAUAUAUAUUAAUGUUAUAGAUACAUAUAUGUAUAUAUAUGUAUCUUUGAUACCAUAUGUUUAUUUAACAUCAUUUAUUGUUUUUUAAGUUUAAUAUUUCACUUUAAAACCUGAUCUGUAUAUGUAAGUAUGCAUCAGUGAUCUGGGUAUUUCAUCAUGUGAAUAAAGAGUGUUGAGGAAGUUGUUACUGCCAGCACACCAGUCUGUUUCUGCCUCUGCCAACUCCUUCAUCUUCACCUGGCCAGAGAAGCUGAAACAGGCACACACCUGGGCUAUGUUACUGAUGCUACUCAGUCAUGUUGAUGAGCAGCAGAACGAAUAUAUGUAUUCUACAUGUGAAUGUGUCGUAUACUUAAGGAGCUCUUUAUUUAACCUGCUUAGUACAAUGGAACCAUUGUAAUUGUGCCAGUAUGCAUAACUGUAUAACUUACCAAUACGGUAUAUUAAGAGCAUGUCAUGUAUUCAAAAAGAUCUGAUGUACAGUGCUAUUUGAGUCCGAUGUGCUUGCAGCUUCUCGAGAGAGGAUAGGCUCCAAACCAGUAGUUGAGGUCAUAUAGAGACAUACAGUGACAUUUGUACAGAUGAAUGAGUGUAUUCAUCCGUUUUCUUAAUGCAUUGAAAUAUUAUCCAAAGAUAUCACUGAAUGUCAUAAUUUGUCACAUAGAGGUAUUUGUGUUUCCACAACAUUGUGCUUGGCCUAAUUUUGUUUUAUUCAUUUUAUUACAUUUAAAAAUGUCUUGUGUGCAUUAAUAGAACAUUUUGUAAACUGUCCAAAUGAAAGAUGUUUGUUUGUAUGUUUCUGACAUUCAGUAUGUUCAGAAAUUAAAAGUAACCUGAUUUUUAUGUAACAGUAAUGGAAUCAAACCUGAUUUUCUCUAUGCUUUAUGUGUCGUAAUGUUUUAUUUUCAAAGGGGAAAAUAAACAUUGCAAAUACAAACCAUUACAUUGAUGCAGGGCCUUCUGCAAGCAUAAGCGACUGAUACAGGCUUUUGUACUUUUACUGACCAGCCCGGCAGGACCUGACUAACACUGGGCCGUCAUUCAUUUAUUUUGUCAUUCUUACUUAGAUAUCAUAUCAACAUAACAUACGCGAAGACAAGAUAUGCAGACGUGUAUAAAGUAUCUGUUAAGUAAAAACACAUAAAAAUAUUUGCCCUGUGACAAAAUUAUUAGAAAUAAAUGAAAUGUCAUUUAAAUAGCAACAGUUUUACAUCCUCUUUUAAAGUGUAUCAGCAUAGGAAAUGUUACAAUUUAACAAUCAUUCUGCCGUGGAGGGCUAGAGCUGAUCACUGAGGGCUACAGCCUACCCUGCACUGAUGUAUGGAUUUGUUUCUAAUUGCAAUGUUUUUCCCAAGCCGACUGUGUACAGUGUAAGAUGUGGCAAUGUGUGAUCCCCUUAUGGCAGUACAGCCAGAGUAUAUUUUAAGGAAAACAUUUAAAUUGUUGUUUUGCAGGUGAUAAAAUACCACAUUCCACAGCUAAAUGGGAAUAUAAUAUACAUUUUGUUGUUCUUGCCAUACAAAGGCAAUCCUCGCCUUGAUUAUAGUGCUUUUCCUAAAGCUAUUUAUGUUAUUAACCAUUAAAUGCAUGAGAUUUUACUAUGAAUUUGGUUUGAUUUUUGUUUUUACCCAAGCCAUCACAUUCAACUUAACUUAAAAUAUAAUAAUCAUGUUACAUUUUUCUCUACGCAUUGAUAGAAAAACUAUGAUGCACCUUCUUUUCCCCAAAUCUAAGUAUCUGAAAAACGAUGAGAAAUUGAACAUUAUAGACCUACCACUUAACUCACUGUUUGUGAAAAAAGGCAAACAUGCUACAAAAUGUAUCUAAAACUGUUGUUCUAAACCUUUUUGCCACCAUGGCCACGAGAGAUUAAAUAUUCAUUUUGCGAAAAGUA